AUGGCACAGGAGCAUGCUGGCUCAGUCCGCAUAGCGGAUGCCGAGAACAAAGCCGCCGCGAUCAAGCUUGAGAAAGACUCGCUGACGCGGGCACUUCCCGCAGAAAGGGAACGACACUUGCUGCAGCUGGGCCGACGUCGACGGGAGUUAGAGCUCGAGGCUACGUCUGAACUAAGUAGAAGCAAACUGUUAUGGAUGGAUGAGGAGCAAGGUUUGGAAACCGUGCAAAAAGCCUUGCCCGCUGCCAAGUUUGACGAACUUGUACCUGGAAAGCUCGAUGGUGGAAUGCUAGCUGCUUGCGUUCGUUUUUGCUUCAGCAGCCCACGAGGUCUGAUGCUAAAGUUCUGCAAGCGAUGCUGCAACGGCAGGUGA